AUGGAAGUCAAAUACUUUGGAGGGCAUAAUGAGUCAAUACAAUGCUUGGCUUUUAAUCCCACGACUGUGCUUUUAACAAGUUGUAGCUUCAGUGAUUUCGGCUUCUGGACUAUGGAUCAGAAGUCUGUUGUUAAAACAAAAAUAUCUGCUCGACCCACUUGUUGUAGUUGGAAAUCUGACGGACAGUACUUGGCUAUAGGCCUUUAUAAUGGUGUGAUAAGUAUUCGGAACAAAGCUACUGAAGAAGUAGUGAAAAUUGAACGUCCUGGUAAUCCAAUUAUAUGGCAUCUUAAAUGGAAUCCAUCAAAAAAUGAACAAGGUGAAGUACUUGCAGUUGUCGAUUGGAGUCAAAAGUUGUCAUUUUAUCAGUUAAAUGGAAGACAAACUGGUAAAGAUCGUACACUAGGCUUUGAUCCAUGCAAUUUAACCUGGUUCGGUGCUAAGUGUGAAUCAGUAGCAGUAUGUGGUUCAAAUAAAGCGUGUCAAUUGUACAAUAGUGAAGGUAUGCGUUUAGCCUGUGUUAAUAAACAACAAUCAUGGAUAUGGUGUUGUUCAACGCGGCAAGGAUAUAAUCAAAUUGUUGUUGGUUGUCAAGAUGGAACCAUAGAGGCUAUACAAUUAAUACUAGAACCUGUACAAAGCUUUUAUAAAGAUCGUUUUGCCUAUCGUGAAUCCCUUACAGAUGUUGUCGUACAACACUUAAUAACUGAACAAAAAGCACGUAUUAAAUGCAGGGAUUAUGUGAAGAAGAUAUCAUUAUUCAAAAAUCUGCUAGCUAUUCAACUUUCAGAUAAAAUUCUAAUUUAUGAAUCACCUAGUGAUGAUCUCAGAGAUAUGCAUUAUCGAGUUCGUGAGAAGUUAACCCAAAAUUUCGAUUGUCAUCAUUUAGCCAUAGUUACAAACAGUCUGAUUAUUUGUUAUGAAUCUUGUUUAACGUGUAUAAAUUUCCAGGGUAUUAAAGAACGUGAAUGGAUAGUUGACAGUCCCGUGAAAUGUCUUCGUAUAAUAGGUGGUCUACAAAAUAAAGAAUGUCUACUCCUAGGAUUGAAAAAUGGACAAGUGAUUCAAAUCGUCUUAGAUAACACAUUUCCUAUGGUUUUGACUAAACUGAUGAAUGGAAUAUCAGCUGUAGAUAUAAGCAGAAAUCGAGAUAAACUUGCCGCACUUGAUGAUAAUGGAACUAUGAGUGUAUUUUCACUAGAUACUAAAGAGAUAUUAUUUCAGGAACCAAAUGUGCGUAGUAUGGCUUGGAGUACAACUAAUAAUGAUUUACUGGCCUACAGUGGUAAUGACUUAUUAUUUAUCAAAAAUGGACAAUUCCCAAGUCAUAGUCAGUAUACUAAGGGUACAACACUGUGGUUUACAGGUUCCCUAGUCUAUUGUUUACAUGAAAACAUUAUCAAUCGUGUAGAGAUUUCAUUAUGUCCAGCCGUGUAUCAUUAUUUAGGCGCUGGUCAGUUAACUGAAGCCUAUCAACUUGCAUGUUAUGGACUUACUGAUCCUGAUUGGAAAGUUAUGGGACGAAUUGCUUUAAACAAGCUUAAUCUAAAGGUGGCAAAAUACGCUUACAUGCAGUUGGAAGAUAUACUCAUGCUGACGUUUAUUCAACAGUUGGAAGAAAGAUAUAAAAGAGGAGAAUGGAGCGAUAAAGAACCAAUCGCCAAUUCAAAUACUUUGAUUGCUUUAGGUGAUAUUUCAGCUUAUUUAGGAUAUUUCACUGAAGCAGCUGGUUAUUAUACUCGAGCUGGAGCAAAUUCAGGUGGUAAUCAUAAAAUAAUUGACAUGUACACUGAUCUACGUCGUUUCGAGGAAGCACGUGAAGCAAUGACAGCUAGUGGUGAUGAUACCGGGGAACGUAAAUUAUUAUUGGCUAAACAUGCCGAUUGGGCGAAAUCAACAAAUGAGCAUAGAUCAGCAGCUAAAAUGUAUAUUGAUGCAGGUGAAUAUAUAAAAGCUAUUGAAUUAUCUGAUCAACAUGGAUGGACUGAUAUCCUAUUGGAUAUUAGUCGACGUCUAGACAAAGGGGAUCAUGAAUAUCUAGAACGUUGUGCAAGAAGUUUAGCUCGACUUGGUGAAUACGCCUUUGCAGCUGACUGUUAUGCUAAAUAUGGUGAUAUUGAAAAUCAGUUAAACUUAUACGUGGAAUCACACAAUUGGGAGGAAGCUUUUAGUUUAGCUGAGAAACAUCGUGACUAUACGGAGAAAGUAUAUCUACCGUAUGCCCACUGGUUGGCUGAAAAUGACAAAUUUGAAGAAGCUCAAGCAGCAUUUAUUAAGGCUGGUUUACAAAAUGAAGCCAUCUCUGUACUGGAACAAUUAGCCACUUGUGCUGCUAAAGAAUCACGUUUCGAUGAUGCUGGAUUUUAUUAUUGGAAAUUAUCUGCUUUAUGCUUGGAUAUGUUGAAAAAUGAAACAAGUACAAAGAAGUAUCAUGAUUUAUUAGAUAAAUAUUAUAAUUUUCAAAGAAAAGCUGAUGUUUAUUAUGUUUAUAAUAACAUAUAUCGUUUUCUGCAUGAACCGUUUGCUUCACAUAUGCCUGAAACCUAUUUCAAUAUGGCACGGUAUUUAGCGCAUAUUUUACAAUUCGGUGAAAUUCCAGAAGUUUCAAGAGCUGCAGUCUUGUAUACUUUAGCUAAACAUGGUCGGUCAUUAGGUGCAUACAAGAUGACUAAACAAAUCUAUGAUCGAUUACAAACUCUUCAUAUGUCAUCAAAGAUGCGUGAUGAAGUUGAAUUAGGUAGUAUUACUAUUAAUUCUUCACCAAUAAUUGAUUCUGAAGAGAUAAGCACCAUUUGCUAUAGAUGUUCAGCUACAAAUCCACUUUUGAAUAGCCUGGGAAAUCGAUGUAUCAAUUGUAAAGAACCGUUUAUUUAUUCAUUCAUUACACUUGAACAAUUACCAGUUGUUGAAUUUAUACCAGAAGAUGAUUUAUCAUAUGAAGAAGUUAUCAAUUAUCUACAAAGUGAACCUUUAUCACCAUUUUGUGACCAAACAGUAAAUGAAGAUGAAAGUAAUUCACAGACAAAUGAUGGAUUCUCACAAACACUCAAAAUAUCACAUGAAACAGAUGAUAAUAACAAUACUAAUAGUAAUAAAAUUAAUAAAGAUGUUUUUACCGCGAAAUUGUUAAAUUCAGAUCUUAUUUCUGGAACAUAUUCACCAGUCCAACUUGAUAUUGCUACAUUGAAAGCGAUCCCCUUCAAUGAAGUGAUAAUUAUUGACAAUUCACCGUUAAGACCACGUUAUUAUAAAUCUGUUCUACCUGAUGUUAGUAUUACACAAUGUUCAGUUUGUCAUAAGCUUUUUUAUACUGAUGACUAUGAACUGGUCUCAUUACAACAAGGUCGUUGUCCGUAUUGUCAUACACCAAGAGAAUGA